GCCGGCGUGAUGGGGCUGAAGGCUGGCGUCGCUGAGUAGCGGCGGCUAGUGGGCGUGUGGGCCCUGAGGGUCUGGCCCAAGGGCUCGGGUCCGGGCGUCUUUCGGAGCCGGUGGAGAGCGCCGAAAGAGCCUAGGAUCACCGCGGGCCGCCACCCUCUGGCAUGUCGGCCGAGGCUUCAGGCCCUGCGGCGGCAGAGGCCCCUUCCGUGGAAGUCCCAAAGCCCUCAGGUCUCCAGCCUGGCUCCUCUGCCUUCGGUCUCAGUCCACUGAUCCCGAACAGUAAGUACGUGAAGCUGAACGUGGGCGGCUCGCUGCACUACACCACGCUCCGCACCCUCACGGGACAGGACACCAUGCUCAAGGCCAUGUUCAGCGGCCGUGCGGAGGUGCUCACGGACGCUGGAGGUUGGGUGCUGAUUGACCGGAGCGGCCGCCAUUUUGGUACAAUCCUCAACUACCUGCGGGAUGGGUCCGUGCCACUGCCUGAGAGUACCAGAGAACUGGGGGAGCUGCUAGGGGAAGCCCGCUACUACCUGGUACAGGGCCUGAUUGAAGACUGCCAGCUGGCACUACAGCAAAAAAGGGAGAACCUGUCCCCGCUGUGCCUCAUCCCCAUGGUGACAUCUCCCCAGGAGGAGCAGCAGCUCCUAGCCAGCACCUCCAAGCCCGUGGUGAAGCUCUUGCACAACCGCAGUAACAACAAGUACUCCUAUACCAGCACUUCAGAUGACAACCUACUUAAGAACAUCGAGCUGUUUGACAAACUAGCCCUGCGCUUCCACGGGCGGCUGCUCUUCCUCAAGGAUGUCCUGGGGGACGAGAUCUGCUGCUGGUCUUUCUAUGGGCAGGGCCGCAAAAUCGCCGAGGUGUGCUGCACCUCCAUUGUCUAUGCCACGGAGAAGAAGCAGACCAAGGUGGAAUUUCCAGAAGCCCGGAUCUUUGAGGAGACCCUGAACAUCCUGAUCUAUGAGACUCCCAGGGGUCCAGACCCAGCCCUCCUGGAGGCCACAGGGGGUGCAGCUGGAGGUGGUGGGGCAGGCCGAGGGGAGGAUGAGGAGAACCGAGAGCACCGUGUCCGCAGGAUCCAUGUCAGGCGUCACAUCACCCACGACGAGCGUCCUCAUGGCCAACAGAUUGUCUUCAAGGACUGACCUUUGACCUUUCUCCCUGUUUUCUUCCUGCCACUGAGACUCAGUCCCUCUCUCUUUUCCUCCCCUUCCCAGACCUGUGCCCCAGCUUUGCUGGCCAAGUUGUGGGUCUUCCUUCUGUCCCUUCAUCACAUGGUACAGUUCAUUUUUGCCCUUUUCCAUUCAUUCAUUGCUCACAACACAGUACAUUCCAGCCCCUCCCCUCAGUCGGUGCCCUUUUGAAGGUCUACAUUUGUUCCCUCAUCCCCAUCUUCAUCCUAUCUUCCCUCUCCAGCUGGUUUAGAGUGAUUUAGAAUUCCUUUUCUCUUUUUUUAGUACAUGGUACAUGCCAAAGUGUCAAGCCAGCCCUUAAUAAUACCUACCACAUCUGAGCCACCUCCCCACCAUCCUGCAGGAUAGUUUGCCUCCCUCCUCCUUCCCCCACCAUUCUCCCUACCUCCUUAACUUUGUAUUAGGCUGGCCUGAGCCUCCACCAACUCAGCUGUCUUCUCAAUCUGUGUCAUAUUAUUUAUUAUUUUAAUUUUCUAUUAAAUUAUUGGAAUAAAAUUGA